GCCUAAAUAAAAGACAACAAAAACUUUGGGCCAAAGAUGAGGUUCCCGCCACCUGUUCCAAAAUCGAGUGGUUGAAAGUUGAAACUCCAACUCCCAAACGCACAAAUAUCCUCUUCGACUCGUCCCUCUGGUCUUCUUCACUCUCACUCUCACUCUCUUCCUCCAUUUCAUUCCUCUCAUGACGUCUACUUCUCUUUUUCCCUGUAUUCACCUCCCUCGUCACUCGACGUUUCACCCUAGACCCGACUCUUAUCUCUCUAAACCUUCUUUUCAUUUCAAGUCCCUUGUCUGCUUCUCGUCAUCAACAAAUGCUUCCAAUUCCGAUCGGGAAGAGAUCAGUUGGCUCCGUGAGGAACAGCGCUGGUCGCGUGAGGAGCAGCGCUGGCUUCGUGAAGAGCAGCGUUGGCUUCGUGAGCGCGAGCUCCUCCUUCGCGAGAUUUCUGCCCUAAAGCUCCAAAUUCAGGCCCUGGGAAGCUCGGUGAAGGACUCUUCUGUGUCGGAGACAAUUGCAAAUAUGGCGGGGCUGUUGCAGGUGCUGAAGGAGAAGAAUCUGAUUGCGGACAGUGCUUCAAGCUUCAGGCCUAUUGAUUUAGGGGAUAAGAGAGAGAUUGAGGAGCAGGAGAAGAAGGUAGUGGUGGAGGAGGAUGUUAGGGUUUCAGAGAAAGAAGAGUGGGAGAAGGAGAGGCAGGCAUUGAGAAUGGGCAGCGAAGGAGAAGAGGUUCGAGCCAUGCAGGAAGCAUUGCUGAAGUUAGGAUUUUACUCAGGUGAGGAAGACAUGGAGUAUUCCAGCUUCUCAAGUGGAACUGAGCGAGCUGUAAAAACAUGGCAAGCAACAUUAGGUGCCCGUGAAGAUGGAAUAAUGACUGCUGAGCUCCUUAAGAGAUUGUACAUGGCACAUCAAAUGGAGAGUGCUGGCACAAACGUACAUCUAAGUGAGAAAGGAAGAACUCUGACUGUACCACAGAAUGAAGGAGCUAAUGGAGCUGUUGUUGCCUCUGUAACUGAAAUCUCAGAAAUACAGCAAAAGGUUGUGAAAGAAAGUGUUACAGAAGUUGAGGUAUCCCAACAUCGAGUUUUUCUCCUUGGAGAGAACAGGUGGGAAGAACCCUCUAGACUUACCGGGGACAAACAAGUUGGUGGAAGCAAAACAAAUGAUACCUCAACAAAGUGCUAUGCCUGUCGCGGGGUGGGCCACUUAAUGUGCACAGAAUGUGAUGGAAGUGGUGAACCAAACAUUGAACCACAGUUCUAUGAGUGGGUAAACGAGGAAGCAAAGUGCCCAUAUUGUGAAGGAACGGGACAUACAGUUUGCGAUGUAUGUGGAGGGAAGAAAGUAGUCUAGGAAUGGAAGUAUUAUUAUGUACCAAGCACCUCAAAGCAUGCAUUAUUCAAACGGCAA